GGAAGCAGAUGUGUAAGAAGGCGAUCACGGGCUCGACUGCCGUGAAAGACAAGGAAGAGAAGAUCCUGCAGACCUUCAAAGAGUGGGACAAGGACAAGAAUGGCUUCAUCACCAAGGACGAGCUCACGGGCGUGUUGAGCUCAUUGGGUUGCUCAGUGACCUCUGAGGAUGUCGACACCAUGCUCAAGGAGGCAGAUCUCGAUUCAGAUGGCAAGAUCAACUAUGAGGAGAUGGUGCACUGGCUUUGCCGCGCACCGCAUUUGGAAGAGUACUUCCUUUGCUCCGUGGAUAUUUUCAAGCGAAACUUCCUCGAAGUGGACACUGAGAUGAAGAAGAUGCAGUCGGAGAUGAAGGACUUGCAGAAGGUGUUUGAGGAGAACGGCGGAGAUGAUAAUCCCGAAAACAUGAAGAAGGCGCUGGCAGUCUUCAAAGGUUUGACUGCGAGGAUGACAGAACUCGCAAAGAAAAACCAGCAGCGGAUCGAUGAAGAGUUGACACCAGUGAUCAAGCGCAGCUUCGCCUACCACGACAAGGACAGCAGUGGAGCCUUGACCUAUGAUGAAGGCAUCAUUUUCUUCUCAAACUUUAUGACCCUAUGGGAGCCGCUCAACCAGGUCAUGUGUGAGAUGAAUGCUGCCCAGGAGGUGAUGCAAGACCGCUUUGACAGUGAGGAAGAAGUGAACAAGAGCGACGACCGAGCAGCGGAGAAGAUUCGCAUGGUGACUCCGGACAAGCUUCAUGAGGUCUUUAAGACCAAGUAUGCGAUUUUGGCAGAAGACCGCAAAGAGGACAUGGAUGAGAAACACAAGAAAGCCUUUGAGCUCCUAAGUAAGGAUGGCAAAGUUCAAGAGGCGGCGGUCGUCGAGGCGCUUUUGCAUGGCCAUGAGAAGAACGGGGAGUUCUUGAGCGCUUUAGGUUUGCAUAUUGAAGACUCCAUGCGUGCGGCGGAGUUCAACAGCCAAGAGUUGGGCGGAACCCUCGAGGACAUCGAGAUGGGCAUCAAAGAGAUGGAGGGCGCUUGCGUGGCUCUGGAGGGUCUGGAAAAGGAUAUGGAAGGCCUCGAAGGUAUGAUGCUCUUGGGCGUGGCCUUGGCCGCUGCCGGUGGUGCCGGAGGUCCUGGUGGUGCCGCAGGUCCUGGUGGUGCCGCAGGUCCUGGUGGUGCCGCAGGUGAGGGCGAUCCCGACUGCAUGGUUCAGUGA